CGGGGGAGCCCCUCAGCGAGUCAGUGGGCUGGGGCUCUCUGUGCCUCCACCCUCUGCAUGGGGAACACCAUCCGGGCCCUGGUGGCCUUUGUCCCCGCCGACUGCUGCCAGAGCUACCUGGUCAGAGACCUCCGGGAGAUGCCGACGGACAAGAUGGUGGAUCUGAGUGGGAACCAGCUCCGCCGCUUCCCCGUGCACGUGUGUUCCUUCCGGGAGCUGGUCAAGCUCUACCUGAGUGACAACCACCUCAACAGCCUGCCUCCGGAGCUGGGGCAGCUCCAGAAUCUGCAGAUCUUGGCCCUGGAUUUCAACAACUUCAAGGCUCUGCCUCAGGUGGUGUGUACUUUGAAACAGCUCUGCAUCCUCUACCUGGGUAACAACAAACUUUGCGACCUCCCCAGUGAGCUGAGCCGGCUCCAGAAUCUCCGGACCCUGUGGGUCGAGGCCAACUGCCUCACGCAGCUGCCAGAUGUGGUCUGUGAGCUGAGGCUCCUUAAGACUCUGCACGCCGGCUCCAAUGCCUUGCGUCUGCUGCCAGCCCGACUCCAGCGCCUCCAGGAGCUGAGGACCAUCUGGCUCUCAGGCAACCUGCUGACUGACUUCCCCGCUGUGCUAUUGCACAUGCCCUUCCUGGAGGUGAUUGAUGUGGACAGGAACAGUAUCCAUUACUUCCCCAGCCUGGCUCACCUGUCAAGUCUGAAGCUGGUCAUCUAUGACCAUAAUCCUUGCAGGAAUGCACCCAAGGUGGCCAAAGGGGUCCGCCGUGUAGGAAGAUGGGCCGAGGAGACGCCAGAGCCUGACCCCAGAAAGGCCAGGCGCUAUGCCUUGACCCAGGAGGAAAGCCAGGAUGGAGAGGCACCUGCCCUGCCUUCUCUACUUCUUCCUCCCAACUCCUGAAUGUUUCAGUUGUCAGUCGAGGCCAAGGACACAACUCCAGUGUCUUCUGGAGACCUUCUGGAGACCUCUCCUUUAGAGUGCAAAGAAUUGCUCGGGGACAUGUGGGGUGCCUUUGCAAAAAACUUCUGGCCAACAUCUCUACCAAAGUGAAGCUGUGUGCUCUGGGGAGCAUGAGGACUUCUUUGCAAGAAAAUCAGCUUCUCCAAACUGAAGAACGAGAAGUGCUAGGACAUUUUGUCCUUCUCCCUCUCCAGAAAUGGCUGGUCACGAUUCUCAUGACCUCCUCAAAUAAGGUAUUUAUUAAAGAAUUCACCUGAGUUCUGGUGGCCUGGCUCCAGCUCUUUGCAGGGUAUAUCGGUGUUACUGUGAAUGACCAUAAGUGAUAAGAAAAUAUUGCUAACUUGGGUCACUUUUUAAAAGACAGUUCUACCUAGUCAGUCAGACUCAGAGACUCGGUGCUGUUGCAAAGGCUCAAGAUGAAGCUUUUUCCCUGCAGCUCAGUGCAAGCCGAGAAGACCCCUGAUGGAAAAAUGCCUCCUGAUGGAGUCUGGCUGCCACUUCACACUUGACAGAGGUUCACGCUGACUGAGAUGGUUUAUCCCUAAGGGGUUUGACCCAAGGUCUGCUCUCAACCGCUUACUGUUACUACAAUGCUAGAAGUCAUCCAGACAGUAGACAACGUGGUCUUAUCAAAAGCAAGCCCAGUUGUAAUCCUGCCUGCCUCUGUAGAGCACAGCCCUUCUGUUUACUCACAUUCACGAACCAGAGCAGAACUGAAUCCCAUUCCGAGGAAACCACAUUUCCAGAGCUGUAUUAGAAUAAAGGUAGUAGGUGAAAAAGGUUUACUUGAAACAAGCAUCUGGAAAUCUGAGUUGCAGGUUGUGGUAUACAUAGGACACUUCUGACUCUAGCCGUAUAUACAGCCUUUGUUCUGAUUUGUUUUGAUUUUUGUAGAUAAAAUGGGACUUUUGAUGGUCAGUAUAGAGCUUAGAUAUUUUGGCUGUUUUUUUAAUAUGUAAAUUGUGAACUUUUCUUCUUCCCACAAAUACAUCAACCUUAAAGAUGCUGCUGUCACAAUGGGUGAUUUAAUAUAGUACUUAAUGUUCUUGAACCUUUCCAUCAAGGACACAGAAAGUAUAAUCUUUACUAAAACUUUUGUUUAGUUUUUAGUUACUUUUGCUGUAAAAGCAUCUUUGCCCAGCAAAGUCUGGUCCUAAAAUGACACUGCACAGACUAUUUUCAUGUGUUUUCCUACUAUAAAUAUUUCUUGCUAAACCAGAGGAAGAAAGUUUGGUAUCACAAUCUCUUCCUAUUGCUACCUCCCACUAUGCAGUGUAUCUACAACCCACUGAUUAGACUGCCAAGAGAUCCUUUUAAUCAUUCAAUGUCAUAGGCUGUCAAAUAUUUAAGUCCUUUAGUAACCAAUCCAGAUUUCUAUUAGGCAGCUAGGAUUUACAGUUUAUUUUCUCAUGUUUGACUGAAAUCAAACUAUACUCAGCUGAUGCUAGAAACCCCUUCUGGGCUGUAUCUAUAGUCAGCCUUAUAGAUGGCUCUUUUUCUUUUGACCCUGUCUUCCUCCUCCUGAGAUUAAUGGGCCCACCUUUUCCAAUACAGCUGUAGGCUGCAGCCACCAAACAAGUGUGACACCAGCUGACGUGUACACACUGCUCGUCUAAUGAGCUAACUGCUCUGAACUGAAUGCAAAUUAUAAACAUUUGGCACACAGUCAAGAGAUUCUCUUCUAAUAUACAACAAACAUUCCUCAAACAAUAUGUUUAAGAUUUCACCACUGAUUUAGCUACCCAAAAAUGUUUUUGCUACAGGAUUUCAAUAAAUUAUUUAUAAAGUAACCAUGCAAGUGCAUAUUAAUAGUUCCACAACCCUCUGAUGUUUUCUUAAAAUUCUGACAUAAUUAGAAAGUUCAAAAGGGGAGAAAGCACCACCAAAUGUAACUUUUUUCUCCUAAUUUUAAAAGUCCCAAAACCUAAAUGUUAUGUAUCAGAAAAAUCUUUUUAAGAUUGAUUUGAGAGAGAGAACGCAAGUGCACACAUGGGGUGAGAGGGGCAGAAGGAGAGAGAAUCCUAAGGAACUAUUACUAAACAACAUCAUGACGGGAUGGGAGGAAUCAAGAUAGUACUGAGACAGCCAGAUACGUAGGCUAUGAGCAGCAGUCACCACUCAUGAAGCUAGAUGAACAGGGAACAGCAAUGUUAUCCUAAUUUUCUAAGAGCUAAAAGGCAUGAAGAAAGAGGCUACCAGCAGAACAGCACUGAUAGGUCUCACAAGGAUGCAGACAUUUCCAGAGACAAAGAGCAAAAUCAGGAAGAAAAUAUCAAUUCCCUAUCUCCACAUCCUGCCUGUGCCUCCUAAGUUAAACCACAGGAAUCUGUGAGGCAGUCAGCAAGGAAAGUGGGCCAGUGGCCUCUAAGCAGGCAAAAACCAGAUCCUUGCUUGAAGACAGUAAAAGGAGAAUAGAGUAUACAUAUUAACCUUCAAAGAAAAACUGAAAGCUACUUAGAAUAGACUUAAAAAUCCCAAGAACUUGGACAAUUUUUCAUGUGGUUACUAUUUACACUCCAAAUCUCUACUUCAAUGUCCCAAGUUUUGUGGAAAACUCACUGCUGCCAUAUUUACUGUUCCUGAGUUACAAGAAACUUCAUCCUAAGAUUCUUACAGGAACACGGGGGCCUAUGUUAUUUAAGUUCUGAUUGAGAAGACAUUAAAAUUCAUGAUCAUGAGAUAGUCUAGGUUUAUGAUAACAACGUAAGGGCUUCAAUGGCUAUGAAUUCAAAGAGAAGAGGCAUGGGUGUAUCCUUGGAUAUAACAACAAAGCUCCCAUGUUUCCACCUCUUUUUAGUUAAUACUUAAAGGUGUAUUCUUUUUAAGACCUCUGGAGAAAACAUGCCCAAGUAUCCUUUUAAAAUCUUACUCCAAACUAUCUAGUACCCUCAGCACAGAUGUUUAAACCUAUUUCUACUGAAACCUCUGUAGGUUUUCUGUGUCGUGAUAUGCUCACCUGUUCCACCAGAGGUGUGGAGAUGAAAAAUGAUGUUAUGACGUGAUAAAGUACUUAAAAAAAAAAUCAGUACAAUUCUCUUUGAUAAUCUCAGGAAGUUUCUCCUUUAUGUGAAUGUUGGAGGAUAUACACCAGGACCACAAAAAAACCACAAGUUUUCCCAGUUUUAAUAGCUUCUACAAAAGUAGUAUUAAAAUGUUCAAACUUUUUGGACAAAAACAAAACAGAUUAGGGGCGCCUGGCCAGCUCAGUGGGUAGAGCAUGUGACUCUUGAUCUCAGGGUCAGGGUUCAAACAGCCCUAUGUAGAGCCUUCUUUAGAAAAACACAACAAAACAGGUUGUUUUAUCAGCAUUUCUUUGAAAAUCCUUUUGUUCCUCUAUGGGAAUAAAAUCUCUCUCCAUUAAGGUAGCAGAGAUACCUUUUAAGAACUCAACCUACAGCUAGGCUUUCUCUCAUUUCUUGGGCAUUCUGCUAUACACUGACGCAUUAAUAACCUCCAAACCUAAAUU